AUGGUGAGAGUGACCAUGAACAACAAGAAGAUACAUGAGAACGCUAUGUCACUCCAUGUGGAUGGUCCUCCUCUUAUUCCCACAGUGACCAGCAGCUAUGUCCAUGGCACCUCCUCCCUCUCCCUGCUUCCCUGGACUGUCGGCCAGAGCCUGGAGAAAGCAGUCGACCGCUGGCCUGACCGAGAAGCUGUGGUCUUCGUACAGGAUGGCAUUCGGAAAACGUUUGCUGAGUUUCAUCAGGAUGUUGACAAGGCGGCUGCAGGUCUGCUGGCUGUGGGGUUGAAGAGAGGUGAUCGACUGGGAAUUUGGGGACCCAACAUAUAUGAAUGGAUGCUCUUCCAGUUUGCUUCAGCCAAGGCUGGCAUUAUAAUGGUGUCAGUGAACCCAGCCUAUCAGCUGAAGGAGGUGGAAUACACUCUAAAGAAGGUGCAGUGUAAAGCAGUGCUCUGCCCCACCAGCUUUAAAACCCAGAGGUACUGUGACAUGCUGAGAGAGAUCUGUCCAGAAAUAGAUUCAGCAGCAUCAGGCAUGAUCAAGAGCUCCAGGCUGCCAGACCUGCGCAUGGUGAUUGUGACAGAUAGCAGACAGCCAGGGAUGCUCCAUGUGGACGAUGUGAUGCAGGCGGGGGAGAGUCACCACACUAAAGAGCUGAUGGAUCUGCAGACCAAGUUGUCCUGCGAUGACCCCAUCAACAUUCAGUUCACAUCGGGGACCACAGGGAAUCCAAAGGGAGCUACUCUUUCUCACCACAAUAUCGUCAAUAAUGCCUACUUUACUGGUCUCCGAAUCGGAUAUGGAUGGAGACCUCAGGUGAGAGUGUGUAUCCCUGCUCCCUUGCACCAUGCCUUUGGCACCGUUCUUGGAGGAAUAUGUACGGCGGUGCAUGGCAUCACACUGAUCUUCCCGUCCGUGGGUUAUGAUAGCCGUGCCAGCCUGGAGACCAUUCAGAAAGAAAAGUGCAAUAUACUUUAUGGCACUCCCACAAUGUACAUCGACAUGCUAAACCAAGCAGAUCUCCACAAGUUCGACUUGUCUUCACUGGAAGCUGGAAUCAUAGGAGGAUCUCCAUGCCCUGCAGACCUUGUCAAGAAAAUCAUAACAGAUAUGAAAAUGAAAGAGAUAAUGGUAGGGUAUGGAACCACAGAGAACAGCCCUGUGACGUUUCUGGGUUUCCCACGAGACAACGAGGAACUCAAAACCAGCACUGUUGGAUGCGUCAUGAACCACACUGAGGCUAAAGUGGUGGACACCUUUACUGGGGAGACUGUCCCUCUUGGGGUCUCAGGUGAGCUGUUGACCAGAGGCUACUGUGUGAUGCUGGAGUACUGGGAGGAGCCUGAGAAAACUAGAGAGGUCAUCUCCAAAGACCGCUGGUAUAGGACCGGAGACAUGGCCAACCUGGACCACUUUGGAUACUGCCGCAUUGUUGGACGCAUAAAGGACAUGAUCAUCCGAGGAGGGGAGAACAUCUACCCUGCUGAGAUAGAGCAGUUUCUUUAUACACACCCCAAAAUACAGGAGGUGGAGGUGAUUGGAGUGAAAGAUGAGAGGUUUGGAGAGCAGGUGUGUGCCUGUGUCAAGCUGAAGGAGGGGCAAACCUCCAGUGUGGACGAAAUAAGAGCUUAUUGCAAAGGCCAGAUUUCUCACUUCAAGAUCCCACACUAUGUGAUAUUUGUGGAUAGUUAUCCUCUGACUUUCUCUGGAAAGAUCCAGAAGGUCAAACUGCGAGAGCAAAUGGAGAAGAAAUUGGGGCUUUAAAUUUUGGAUGCUCAUGGGCCUUGUCUGUGUGUCUGUGCUGGCAAAGUCCUGAGUCCAGAUGGGGAGAGGCAUAUACCACAUACCAACAGCUGAUUAGCAACUAUAUGACAGUUUAACUGCAUGAAUGUCUUUAAUGUGAUAGUCAAUCAACUCCAUUGUUUUUCUAUAACUUAAGAUGAAUUACUAAGCUAAU